GUCAACAAGUUCUGCUUGAGACAUUUUGUAACCAAAUAAAUCUAAAAUAAGGUAAACUAUACAUUCCUGGAUUUAAGAUUACUUAGUUCAAAAUGGAUGGUGAAGAUAAGGAAAAAGCUAGUGCGGAGACGAUAAUGCUAAGUACGGAAACUGAAGAAAAUUCCGAAUCUCCUUACAAGCCGCAAGCCUUUUUGAGUCAACCGUAUCCGUUCAGCAGGAUGCGCGUGGGCAGCCUCCUGCGCACCUGGGCUGAUGUUUCGAGGAUCAACUAUAUGUCUGCAGAACCUUUAGACGUCAUUUUGUCCGGUCAAAGUAUCAGGCGGCGAAGUAUCGGUGUAUUCUCGAAGCAUUACUCCUUCGAGUGCUUCGUGCCGAUGGAACUUCGACACAAGAGUGCCGAAGAUUUAUUUUCUGAACAAUUUCCAGUGAACGUGACUCCAUUGAUGAACGAAGAACAACUAUGGCGUUGCUUCUACGUGUUCCCCGAGCUGUACGCUGACAUAUACUCUCCAGUGGUCCACGUGCGCGACAUAGCAGAUGUGCCAGAACUUAUCGGUGGGGUCCUCACCAGGGACAUGGUCACCGCUUGCCUUACUUACCUAGCACGAACCCCGAUCUUGGGGGACUGGGUGUAUAUCAAACUGGAUUUGUCUUCUAAGCACUUGAUCAACAUCGACGUUUUGAAGCAUUACAAAUUCUUAGUGUACCUGGACCUGUCGUCCAACUUUCUCACGCAACUAAAUGUGCUGUCCUUCCUCCCAUAUCUCCAGUACCUCUCCGUGGCCUUCAACAGAUUGGAGACCGUACUGGAAUAUGACACCCCUCAAUGGUUCUUGACAGAGGUCCAUUACAAAUUCAAUUCAGUAACGAAAAUUCGCGAUUUAGAUGCAUUUUGGUCGGUCACGAUUCUUGAUUUGUCUCAUAAUAAUAUUAAACACAUCACUGGACUUGAAACUUUAAGGUAUUUGCGUCGCCUAGACCUCUCCUUCAAUCACAUUCAACGUCUGGAAAAUUUGAAUAACCUCCGUUUGCUGUGGCUAGACGUUUCCUACAAUAAUAUAUCCAGCUUUGAGUUCAGCCACCAAAAGGGUCUUUUCACACUGUUACACUUGGAAUAUCUCAACCUGAACGAAAACAACCUGACUUCUUUGAAAAUAUUCUCUGGUUGUACCAGACUGCGAGAACUGCACGCUCGCAACAACCGGCUGGGCACGCUGCUCGAACUGGCUGUAUACAUGCGUCAAAUGCGCCGACUCAUCGUGUUAGACCUUCGUGCAAACCCUAUCUGCGCCUCACCAGGCUACAUGGACGUCGUCAUAAACACAUUCCCCGCGCUACUCAGCCUGGAUGCACAGGAACUGGAUCCUAUAGUUCAACGCACAUCCAAGAUGGACAUGAUGCCAGACGCGACAAGCUUCGCUACCCGGCGUCUCCUGCGCCUGCUGUACAUUGAGCAGCUAUCCAAAGCUAUCGUGUCCCCCCACAUCCCCCCCGCGGACACAAAUGAAAUACCUUUAGUUGUACUAGUCGGCUAUGAAGCGGUUGGCAAGGGGAAACUAGCUCGCCGUCUAGCCGCGGAAUGUCCCUCCAACAUAGAGCUAGCGCUACAACACACCACUGCCAACUUCCACCACCCGGAGCACUACAUCCAGGUGUCCAGAUCCAAGUUUGACGACAUGCUGCUGGCUGGGGAACUUCUCACCUACUCUGAGAUGACUGGAGAGUCCUAUGGAUUGAGCCGUGAGCAAGCGUUCAUUAACGAUUCAAAGGUCAAAAUUGUAACCAUGGAUUUAAUAGCAGGACUAAUGUUGAGGUUGCGAGGAAGAAGACCUUAUUUAAUCUUAGCCACAUGCUCUGACAAGGAGACGCUAAGAGCGAGACAAAAACAACGAAAGAGCUUUCGCGAAGUCGCCUUCAAACGAAUUGCUAUGGAGACUCCGUUUGAGAAAUCGACCUUGCAAGUUCUACUGUCCGGUCGCAUCAUCAUAACUGGAAUACUAAAUGAGAUUUUAGUGGGGCUACAAGAUGAAAAGGAGCAGAGCGAAUUCUUGAUCGAAUCAGAAUGUUCACUGAUGAUGAGUAGCGACGCCCGGGAAGCGGUCGCGGACUACGCACGUGGUGUGAAUAUGUUCAAUCUCCUCAUUUCCAGUUCAUCGUCACUGGAUGAGGAGUUCAAGCGGAGAAGCAGCCAAUUGGACCCUAGUUUGCACUCUCUGUACAAGGAGUCUCAGGGGCACGACGAAUUCAAUAGUUUCGCUACCGAACAGAAUUCCUAUCAGGAUUCUAAUAAGGAUCAUAAUAAAAGCGACCAAAACAAAAAUAUCAAGUUGGCAGGAGAGAAGCACAGAGGGAAAUCCCGCUCGAAACAAGAAAAGGCUUUGAGUAUCAGUCGUCCCAAGAGUGUCGAUUUUAGCAGAUACGCGUCAUCAACAUGGAAAGGUCUAUCAACCCAGUGUCCGGAUAGCACGAAGUCUUCAAAGUCUGUGACAUUCACAUCCAACAACACAGAGGCUCCUAACCAAAUCUCCGGAAUGAUCAUAGAACCACCACCUCCGAAAGAAGGAGGUCAGACUAACGUAAGAUCCAUAAGCACGAGGCCGUUGAGAGGGUCGCACACGCAACGCCCUUACAACGCUGCCGGGGACUCGCUUGAUGACACAGACCUGUGGCUUGCGUUCCUGGCGGAGACCGGACUACUUCACAGCGCUGUCUCCCUACACUCUGACAUUGCCGUACACACCACCACAGCCAAGGAAAGCAGGAUUGACGAUCCAGAUUUAAUUCUAAAGGAAUUGGAACAUUAUCAAAAGGAAUCUAACCAGAUAUUGAACACUGACUCCAUGAGAGAUGAAUACGAAACAAUGCAUCGAAGUUCUCCUGGCCUUUUUUGGGACACUGUUGAAAUGGAUGAUCCGGAAGAAGCAUUCUGCAAAGUGAAAAGGAUAAUUAAGGACAUAGUAACGCGACAGCCCAAUCUAAGUCCUAUGUUUGACAUCGACUUUGCUAGUAUGACCAACUGCCAUGUUAUCCAGAAAAAACUAAUUAAGAUUCGCGAUCAAAUCGCACCACAAAGACUAUUUUACUAAUAAAAACAGAUAAUAUAAAAAUCGGAAUUUUAUUUCGCAAUAGGUACACAAGUAAGUAUCAUACAAUGAGGUGAAAUGUAAUGCGAGAACAGAAAUGAGAUGAUUAUUUUCUUAACACCUUACAAUAUACAUGUCGGUAGAGAUCAUUUGAAUACCAUUGUGUCGAGCAUCGCUCCUAGAUUUUGUACAAUGUUAUUUGACAUUAGAACAUCGACUUUCUCUUCCAAAUGCCUCUUAGGAUCCUGUUUACCAACA